UGUUAUUCCAAAAAGCUGGUGAAUGUAAUACGUUGGAGCGAAGGGAGAUCUAACAUCUAAGGUUAAUGGUCCAAUACGCCAAUUAGCACUGUCACUGAUUUCAUUAUCUUCUUCUACUUCCAAAUCAACGCUCUCUAUUCGAAUUUUCUUCUUGGGUCAUGGCAAUUUGUUCCUCAGCUUCCUCUUCAUCAUCAUCAUCAUCUUCUUCUUCUUCUUCUUCUUCAAUGUCGUCGUUUGAUUCUUCCAACAACUCAAAGGCAUGGAUCAUCCAUGGCAUUGUGGCCGGAGUUGCGAUUGCAGCAGCGGUGGGUGCACGCGCUUACAUGACCCGAUUCAACAAAUUUCGGAGUCGAGUUGUUGGUAUCAUACCCGCCCGAUUCGCUUCCUCUCGCUUCCAGGGAAAGCCUCUAGUUCAAAUCCUUGGCAAACCCAUGAUUCAGAGAACAUGGGAAAGGGCAAAGCUGGCAGCUACAUUGGAUCAUGUUGUUGUGGCAACUGAUGAUGAAAAGAUUGCUGACUGCUGUCGACAAUUUGGAGCUGAUGUUAUUAUGACAUCAGAAUCUUGCAGAAAUGGUACUGAGCGCUGCAAUGAAGCCCUACAGAAGCUUGGGAAAAAAUAUGAUAUUGUUGUCAACAUUCAGGGUGAUGAGCCACUUAUAGAACCUGAGAUAAUAGAUGGUGUUGUGAAAGCUUUGCAGGCAGCUCCGGAUGCAGUUUUCAGCACUGCAGUCACGUCUUUAAAGCCUGAAGAUGCACAUGAUCCAAAUAGAGUGAAAUGUGUGGUAGAUAAUCGUGGCUAUGCCAUCUAUUUUUCACGAGGACUAAUCCCAUUUAACAAGUCAGGGAAGGUCAAUCAACAGUUCCCAUAUUUGCUUCAUCUUGGGAUUCAGAGCUAUGAUGCAAAGUUUCUAAAGAUAUACCCAGAACUUAAACCAACUCCAUUGCAACUCGAGGAGGAUUUGGAGCAGCUUAAAGUCCUUGAGAAUGGCUACAAGAUGAAGGUAAUAAAAGUUGAUCAUGAGGCGCAUGGGGUUGACACUCCUGAAGAUGUUGAAAAGAUAGAAUCUCUAAUGCGUGAGAGGAACUUGUCUUGAACUCAGUUGCGGCAGUGAAGCCAUAUAAAUUAACCAUUAGCACAUCACAUAACAGAUAGAUAUGGUUUUUAUUUUUAUUUUUUAGCUUUUAAUGUAACUCUUUUUGUUGCUUUCAAUAUAGUACGAGU